CUGCAGCAAGUCAUACUCUCUUACAACAAUUUCGAAAACGAUCGUCGUGAAUUAGCUAACGAACGAAAGGACCCUAAAUAUCCGCUUGGACACACCGCCAUGAUCGAUUGGGCGGAGGUCGCAGCGGUGUCGCGGCGCGUGAGCGAGGAGCAGCGCCAUGGCCCGGCCGGGGUGAUGCCGCCGCGGCCAGCGGCCGGCCGCGCGGCUAUGGCGGCAGCCGAAGAUCGUCCGCCACUCGCUCUGUUUACCGCCGUCUACGACUACAUAGCCCAGGGAGAGGACGAGCUCUCUCUGCGCCGCGGCGAGAUCGUCGAGGUGCUGUCCAAGGACGCCAACAUCUCCGGAGACGAGGGCUGGUGGACGGGUAAGAUCGGCGAUCGCGUCGGCAUCUUCCCAGCCUCGUACGUGACCGAGGACGACCCGUUGGCCGUCUCCUCGGUGAUAGGGGACGUCGACCCUCCCCGCGUCUCCUUCUCGGAGCUGAAGCUCGAGGAGGUGAUCGGAGUGGGCGGAUUCGGUAAAGUGUAUCGUGGCUAUUGGAACGACGAGGUAGUGGCAGUGAAGGCGGCGCGGCAAGACGCGAACGAGGAUAUAGAAGUGAUUAAAGAGAGUGUGUUACAGGAAGCUAAACUGUUUUGGAUGUUGCAACAUGAUAAUAUCGUGUCGUUGAAGGGAGUGUGUUUGGAGGAGCCUAAUUUGUGUUUGGUGAUGGAGUACGCGCGCGGGGGGCCUUUGAACAGAGUGCUAUCGGGACGGAAGAUCCGGCCGGGCAUCUUGGUGGACUGGGCGAUACAGGUGGCGCGCGGCAUGGCGUACCUGCACGUAGACGCACCAAUAUCACUCAUCCAUCGAGAUUUGAAGAGCUCUAACGUACUGCUUAGCGAGGCCAUUCUAUCUGACGACACUCUGGAGGAGAAGACUCUCAAGAUAACAGAUUUCGGCUUGGCCCGGGAGGUUUACAAGACUACUCGCAUGUCAGCGGCUGGGACGUACGCCUGGAUGCCGCCUGAGGUGAUAAAAAAUUCCACAUUCUCCCAUGCAUCGGACGUGUGGUCCUAUGGUGUUCUUCUAUGGGAGCUUCUGACUGGAGAAACUCCAUACAAAGGAAUCGACGCUCUGGCUGUAGCUUAUGGUGUAGCUGUGAACAAAUUAACAUUACCCAUACCUAGCACCUGCCCCGAACCAUGGAGAGUGCUCAUGGAAGCGUGUUGGCGCUCAAAUCCCAGAGAGCGUCCCUUAUUUCCCGAAAUCCUUGAUCAAUUGGAACACAUCAGACAAUCGGAGUUCACGAGGGCGCCCCACGAAUCCUUCCAUACAAUGCAGGAUGGAUGGAGGUUGGAAAUUGAAGAGGUCUUGAGAGAUCUACGAAGAAAGGAAAAGGAACUUCGUUGUAGAGAAGAGGAGUUAACCAGAGCACAGCUUCAGCAGCGGUUGAUGGAACAGAAUUUAGCGCAGAAAGAGAGAGAAUUGGAAAUGAGAGAAAUAGAUCUAGCCGCAAGAGAAUUACACAUACUGAUAGUAGCCAGUAACAUGUCGCAUACACAGCCGCCACAGCCCAAUAAGAGAAAGGGCAAAUUCCACAAGAUGAAGUUACUGAAAAAGGACACGAUCUCAUCUCCACUUGACUUUAGGCACACGUUGACAGUUAGACAAUCGGAUGACGAGUCUAGUGUUAAACAACUUGUAGCAGUUGCUAAAGACACUCCGCCAGGCUCACCGGCCAUUAUGAGACCCAUCGUCUUGCCAGCGGACGGAGUGAAAGGGAAAACUUGGGGUCCAUCGACGGGUCACCAGCGGGCUCGAGCACAUCUACCGCUGCCGGCGCUCAGACCUCGCGCACACAGACCGUCAACCUCCGCCCCGCACCUACCACCGCACGCACCACGCGCGCCUCAUCCAGGGCUUAUAACGAUAAACGCGAUCGAGGAAACGAAACGCAAACCGCGCAAGUCGAAAUCACAAGUACGGGCGCCCAAGUCGGAGAUAGCGAAGAAGAGGUCGGGCAGUCAUGACGACUUACUGGACGCUGAGCCUAGGAGGAAUAAGUUCUUCAUGUGUCCAAUGUUCACGAGCGACCUGACGCAUCACUACGACACGGUGUUUGACACUACUCCGACCAGGAAGGAGAAGAAGACCUUCCUUAAAAGCAUACGCUCCAAUAGCUUGGCAGGCUUGCUGGCGGGGACCGGCGCAAUCACAAACGAUACAGCCGAACUACUCCGGGACGACUGA